GACUGUUGAGCUAGGACUAGGAGUGUCUGGUGAGAAUGCUGGAAGGGUGCUCCCUGUGUCAACUGUGGUGUGAUGAGCGAGUUGUGAUGGGGAGUGUUUCAGUGGGUGACCCUCUGCACUGGUACUAGCAGUGGGCUCAUGGGAUGAAGUAGUGGGUGGUUGUGGCACAGUCAGGGAUAUUCCUCGACUCUUUGCCAACUCUCCUGCUCUCUCGUCAAACCCUUUUACUGUCUUGAAUGCUGCUAGAAGUUGAGUCAUGACUUCCAUCUCAGGGACAUCCGAUCCAAGCCCAUUCUGCCAUAACCUAAUCGUGUCUCGGGUGCAGUUGGCUUCUUGUUCAUUUUUCUCCACGUCUUUGUGCUUCGCGCAGAGUUUGUAGCGCUCCCUAUAGUCCAGUCGUAACCUGAACAAUAGCUGCACCCAUUUCGGCCCGAUUUCACCUGCUAUCUGCUCCGUUAGCUCCUCCAUCUUAGACACUGGGAAAAUUCUCGUGAAAAAUUGAGGAACUCCGACCGACACGCCCAGUAAACAACACAACACCGCUCGUGAUCUGCGUGCUCGUGGGGGUAGGGUAUCGAUAUCUCUCACUAGUGCCGGAGUUUCCAGUGAAGCUGGGGCGGCGUGGGAAUGGACGUUAAGGACGCUACUCUGGAUCCCAAGUGGGACCAAGAAAGACUUGGGUGGCUAGUCGAACCUCUGGAACAAUACGGUGCAAGAAUAUGCAGAGGUGUCAUCCAAGAGAUUUGUACCAACCUGGCCGGAUGCAAAUGCGUACAAAACCUUGCCAUAAACCUUUACCACAAAAAAGUCAUUGGUGAUUCGGAUUUCCACCAGCUUCAACUGCCAACAGCCACUGGGCCGAAUCUGAGUGCUGUGCUAGUCAGAGCAAGUCAGGAGAAGGAAGGACGGGGACCACGUCUCAUCAGAGAUCUCUACCUAGCGCUGCUGGAUAUGUUUGCAAGGAACUGCGAUCAGUGGUGUUAUCGCAUAGCACUUUACACACUCCGACCAUCUGGUAUGAAUGCAUGUUUAGGCUAUACCUACGUGUGCUACUCUCUACUUCUACAGUGAUCAAACACUUAACGCCCCUGGUUCAAGUUCCAUCUGAUCAAAUAGACAAGCAGCGUCUGGUGGCAAAUUUCCCCAAUGCCACAUUGGAAAGCGCAAGAGCAGCUCAAUUACGUCAUCAACUCGGCAUACCCAGCAGUGGUGCAGAAAUCACAAGUCUCAAGCGCAUCCUAGAGAUGUACAUGGUCACAGUUCCUGAGGGUACAAAUCCAGAUGAAUGGUUAGUGUGUCUUGUAAAGGCAAUGAUGUUGACUGAAGGUGUCGGACGUCAUGUCUCCAAACUACUCCCAUUUCACAAGUCCUAUCCAGUGGAGCUGUUGAUAUUUCUGGAGAGGCUUCACCAUCACUGGGAGAAAUUUGCUUUCUUUCUGGGCUUCACAGUUGACGAAGUGGAUGCUAUACAAGGCAGUGAAAGUUGUAUAGGGUGCUUUCAGAGAGUCUGGCGAAUGCCAGAUCUAAAACGACACCACAAUGAAGAAAUUCUUUAUCUUACCCUCCAAAAAGCUGAUAUCAGACUGGGUGAAACUGGUACACCGCUACAGGGAGUAAGCGUUCAUGUUGAAGUUAACGGGGAAACUGUCGCUUCUGCCCACAUUUCUAGCCCUGCCAUUGCCCAGCGUGGGUCAUUAAAGAAGGUAGUUGAUCGCCGCCAUCGUUACAGUGAACAGAAGAGUAACUCCAGUGGCUACGGUAGUAUUGAGGGUACCGCAGUUCAAUACAGCAGGUUCAGCAGUCAGCAGACUACUGCUGAUAAUGACGAUACGGCAAGCCAAGUCUCUCUACCGCAAGUUAGGAAUGACGGCAACAUAAGCAAGGAGAAUGACUCGGAAGAGCAUCUGUCCUCACCAAUUGCAGGGUCUUUUCCUCCAUUACCAGCCCAUUUUCCCAGCGAGGAGCCCUCUCCAAGUUUUAGUAGCCUACAGCGACCCGUAUCACUGCAACUUACACAAGCCAAGCAUUCAGAGACAGAGUCGUUGAGUUCCCCUCAAGUCGUCCCCGAACCCCCCUCGUUCCAGCCAGAUGACGAGGUCACCUUUUCGUCUACUUCUUCUGAAAGCCUUGGGAUGGGAUUGUACGGGGAGGUUUUGGUGGUACAGCACGGCGGUCGAAAAUACGCCGCAAAAGAGUACUGCAGACGAUUUGUCGCUCCAGAGGACCUGAAAAAGAAGUUCAACGCAAGCAUUCUCAGACUUAACCAUCCAAACAUUGUGUCGUUGCUUGGGGUGUAUAAAAUCAGGGGCACGGAUCGCUCAGUUGUGGUCAUGGAGAAAUUUCCCCAGAGUCUGGAGUCGGUUUGUGAAGAUGAAAGAGUUGAACUUGAGCCAAGAAGAAAGCUCUCGAUCCUUAGUCACAUAGCAGAUGGUUUGGCCUACCUUCACCUCCACGACGUAACACACGGCGAUCUUAUCCCAUCCAAUGUACUGCUGACAGUGCCAGACUACACGGCUAGAAUAUCAGACUAUGGAAAUUCCCUGGUGAGGCCCAUUUCAACAGCAUGUACCGAGGGGCGUCAAGAUCGCACUAACUUGUGUGACUAUCUACCUCCUGAAGCUCAUGAGGGAGAAAUAACCGAUAAAGUGGAUGUGUUUGCUUUUGGGCACUUAUCACUGUACGUAGUUCUGCGGACAAAACCACACCCACUCAAAAAUCAAAUAUACCGUCUCAACAGAAAGUUAGUGCCGAGAACAGAAGUUGAACGAAGAAAAGACUACUUUGAUGAGAUGUGUACCAAGGCCACAGGUGUGCUAGCGCCACUCUUUGAUUGGACGAAGAUGUGUCUUGCUGAUGAAGCAAACGAAAGGCCACAAAUGAAAAACUUUACCAGUCACUGUUCUCUAUACCACAGAAUCAAUUAGUAUUUCAAGACUUUGUUAGGCUUCGCGCCUGCGCUUUCGCGUGCUUGUGUUGGUGGUGGCGACCGCUCCGCCCCGCUAAGGUUUAUUUUCAGUCUCUGCAUGCUCGGGCCAGUCUGCUGGGAGCGUGACUAGGGGUGGGCUACAUCCGGCUACCUCCUUGGAAUCAGCACAACGACAUGGCCGCAGCAGGCCGGGAGGGAAGUUUUGGAGCGGAUGACGGAGAUACAGAUUGCUCAUCAGAGGGCGCCGAUUUGCCUGAGCUCACCGGGCAGACCAGUCGGCAAAUUAGUGAUGUGGACACCAUGAGCCAGGAAUCUUCAUACAAGAGGCAAGUCAGUUCGUUACCAGGCGAUACUGCGUCUCCACUGGACUCACCAGUUGUAAUGAAUCCUAAUGAACUGUCUCCAUCACCUUCGUCUAUGAAAGCCGGACACCUGUUGGCACAUCCCACCCCAUCGUCAGACCCCAACUUGACUCACCCUUCAUCGUCAUCCUCGUCACAUUCCACACCACCAACAUCAGCAUCACGUUACCAGCCAUUUUUAUCACCCACAUCACCUCUCCCCACCUCACCUUACCUGGACCCCACCUUAGUAGAACCAGUGGAAGCAUCACCAGAUCCAGUUUCACCCAACAGAUCACCACACCCCACAUCUAGGCCCCUCGAGGAACCAUCACAGCUCGUAACACAAGUUCUGGUCUCUCCUCCUUUAAGCUGCGCACAUCUGACAUCAGAGCCACGACAGAAAAAUCGAGGGCCAUUUCUUCAGGAGAACAAAGUCGUGUUUGUUCCAUGCAAAUGUAUGGGGGCGGGGUUUUAUGGGGAGGUGUGGGAAGUCAAACACAAUGGUAAAAGUUACGCAGUGAAGAAAUACAACAAACCAGUCACCCCUCCCAUUCUAGCAAAAUUAGUGGCUCUAACUAAACUGAACGAUGAAAAUGUAAUGGCAUAUUGUGGAAUAGGCUCUUUGAAAAACAAAUGUGAUACCGUUGUGGUAAUGGAAAAAGCAGACCAGAAUCUGUCAUCCUUCAUAGAAAGGAACACCGAACUCGAGCUCCAGAAGAAGUUGAUGAUUCUUACCGGUAUUGCAAAUGGCUUGGUCUAUCUUCACUCAAAAGAAAUUGUUCACUGUGACUUAAAGCCAUCAAACGUAUUGAUAAUACCGGAGACUACAACGGCAAAGAUUUCCGACUAUGGCAACGCACUCGUGAAACCAAUUUCAACAGUGUGUGCUGAUUGUCGCACGGAAGAAACGAUUUUUCGCGACUACUUCCCUCCAGAGGCUCAACUAACAGAAACACACAAGCCAUCAUUUGAUGUAUUCUCAUUCGGCCACCUGUCACUGUAUGUUGUAUUGCAGGAACAACCACACUCAUUACUGAAGAGUCGCAAGUGUCCCAAUAAAACUGCAAGGACGGAGGUACAGCGUCGAGAAGAAUACCUCAAUAAAAUGAAAAUAAAAGUCAGCAGUCGUAUGCUAGAUUGGACAAAUCAAUGUCUGCAUGACGAAGAAGAAGAAAGACCACAGAUGGCAGACUUUAAACAUAUUUUUCCUUCUACUUGAACUUUUUGUACUGCCUUACGUUACAUGGCUGC